GCUGCCAUGUGAUGCGCCUCCCCUCGGUGAGCUUUCGGUGACCCCCACCCCUCCCCGAUCCGCCGACCGCCGGGAGGGGGCUGCGGGCUGGGAGGACGCGGGCAAGAGGAGACGGAAAAGAACGCAAAGUUCUCUGGCGAGUGCAGCUGUCUGCUUCAGGAAGUGAGGUCAGCAGGAGCAAGGAGAAUCUUUAAGAGCUGCCUCGCAUUGUGACAUGUCUGAUUCCCUGCUGCAGUCCCUACAGCAUGAACAAGGUGGAUGCUCGCUGACCUGUCACAAGGUGGCCCCACAAGGUUUUGGGGUCCAUGUCUGAAUGGAUUGCUGUAGCCUUCUCUUCUCUCCCUUCGCCCAGUUCCCUGCAUCCUAAGACUCGAAGCCAGCACAGGACCUGAAAAAAUUACAUGGUGUGAACGGCAUGUCUGUGGAUGAGAAGCCUGACUCCCCCAUGUAUGUGUAUGAGUCCACAGUCCACUGCACCAACAUCCUCCUGGGCCUCAAUGACCAGCGCAAAAAGGAUAUUCUCUGUGACGUGACCCUGAUCGUGGAAAGGAAGGAGUUCCGGGCCCACCGAGCUGUGCUGGCCGCAUGCAGUGAAUACUUCUGGCAGGCGCUGGUCGGACAGACGAAAAAUGAUUUGGUGGUCAGCUUGCCCGAGGAGGUCACGGCCAGGGGGUUUGGGCCGCUGUUGCAAUUCGCCUACACCGCCAAGCUGUUACUCAGCAGAGAAAACAUCCGCGAGGUCAUCCGCUGUGCCGAGUUCCUGCGCAUGCACAACCUGGAGGACUCCUGCUUCAGCUUCCUGCAGACCCAGCUCCUGAACAGCGAGGAUGGCCUCUUCGUGUGCCGGAAGGAUGCUGCGUGCCAGCGCCCGCACGAGGACCCCGAGGACAGCGCGGGAGAGGAGGAGGACGAAGAGGAGGAGACGAUGGAUUCGGAUACGGCCAAGAUGGCUUGCCCUAGGGACCAGAUGCUUCCAGACCCCAUCAGCUUUGAGGCCACCACCAUCCCAGUGGCAGAGAAGGAAGAAGUUUUGUUGCCCGAGUCCGAUGUGCCCGCGGACACCAAGGAGAGCUCGGCCAAGGACGCGUUAACGCAGUACCCCAGAUACAAGAAAUACCAGCUUGCAUGUACCAAGAAUGUCUAUAACGCAUCAUCACACAGUACCUCAGGUUUUGCAAGCACAUUCAGUGAAGAUCACUCUGGCACCAGCCUCAAACCAGGGCUUGCCGUGGGGCAGAUUAAAAGCGAGCCGCCCAGCGAGGAGAACGAAGAAGAGAGCAUCACGCUCUGCCUGUCCGGAGAUGAGCCUGACGUCAAAGACCGAGCGGGCGACGUGGAAAUGGACCGGAAACAGCCCAGCCCCGCCCCCGCUCCUGUCCCCGCGCCCCCUACCGGGGCCGCCUGCCUGGAGAGGUCCAGGGGCGCGCCCUCCCCAUCCUGCUUAAGGUCUCUGUUCAGCAUAACAAAAAGUGUGGAGUCGUCCGGCUUGCCCGGUACCUCUCAGCAGCACUUUGCCAGGAGUUCAGCGUGCCCUUUUGACAAGGGGAUCACUCAGGGUGACCUUAAAACUGACUACGCCCCUUUCCCGGGGAAUUACGGACAGCCCCACAUGGGCCAGAAGGACGCGUCCAGCUUCACCAUGGGGUCGCCCCUCAAGGGGCCUGGCUUGGAGGCUCUCUGUAAACAGGAAGGAGAGCUGGACCGGAGAAGCGUCAUCUUCUCCUCCAGCGCCUGUGACCAAGUGAGCACCGCGGUGCACUCGUAUUCUGGGGUAAGCGCUCUGGACAAAGACCUCUCCGAGCCGGUGCCAAAGGGCCUGUGGGUGGGGGCCGGUCAGUCCCUCCCCAGCUCACAGGCCUACCCUCACGGUGGGCUGAUGGCGGACCACUUGCCGGGAAGGAUGCGGCCCAACACUAGCUGCCCGGUGCCAAUCAAAGUGUGCCCUCGCUCGCCCCCGUUGGAGACCAGGACAAGGACUUCCAGCUCGUGCUCCUCCUACUCCUACGCGGAGGAUGGGAGUGGGGGCUCGCCCUGCAGCCUCCCUCUCUGCGAGUUCUCCUCCUCGCCCUGUUCCCAGGGAGCCAGAUUCCUUGCCACAGAACAUCAGGAACCAGGCCUGAUGGGAGACGGAAUGUACAACCAAGUCCGACCCCAGAUUAAAUGUGAGCAGUCUUACGGAACCAACUCCAGCGACGAAUCCGGAUCAUUCUCGGAAGCAGACAGUGAGUCGUGUCCUGUGCAGGACAGGGGCCAGGAGGUCAAACUUCCAUUUCCUGUCGAUCAAAUCACAGACCUUCCAAGGAAUGACUUCCAGAUGAUGAUCAAGAUGCACAAGCUGACGUCAGAGCAGUUAGAGUUCAUUCACGACGUCCGCCGGCGCAGCAAAAACCGCAUCGCUGCCCAGCGCUGCCGCAAGAGGAAGCUGGACUGUAUUCAGAACUUAGAAUGUGAAAUCCGCAAACUGGUGUGUGAGAAAGAGAAGCUGUUGUCAGAGAGGAAUCAGCUGAAAGCAUGCAUGGGAGAACUGCUGGACAACUUCUCUUGCCUCUCCCAGGAAGUCUGCCGAGACAUCCAGAGCCCCGAGCAGAUCCAGGCCCUGCAUCGGUACUGCCCUGUCCUCAGACCCGUGGGUCUUCCCACAGCCCCCAGUAUUAACCCCGCGCCCCUGAGCGUGGAGCAGAACCUUGCCGCCCCUCAGUGCGCGGUGGGGGAAAGUGCACCCUGCUGCUUGGAGCAGGGGGCAGCGGCCCCUGGCCCACCCUGGGCCCCCAGCAACGCCUCAGAGAACUGUACUUCUGCUCGGAGGCUGGAAGGCACUGACCCAGGGACCUUCUCUGAGAGAGGGCCUCCCCUGGAACCCAGGAGCCAAACGGUGACCGUGGACUUCUGCCAGGAAAUGACUGAUAAGUGUACAACGGAUGAACAACCCAGGAAAGAUUACGCCCAGUGACGGCCUGCCCCCGAGUUCUCAGCCCUCUCCCACACAGGUGUCCUUGGGUCAGCUUGCAGUGCUGUUCGUCUGUCGUCUGGAAGAACCGAGAAGGAAUCUGGUGCACACUACAGCGGUCUUAGCAGCAAUACUGUUUCUUAGUAUUCUCGCCUCCCUUCAAGCAGGAGCGACAUAUAGUUACCUUCACAAUGGUGCUACCCCUUGUUCAGGCAAGGAAAGACGACAGUGGCAACGCUGUCUGUCUGUGGGUUCAUUUCAGUCUUUACAGGGAUAGACUAUAACACCUCUAGGACCCAACCACGGAUUUCUUUUCUCAGUGGCCCAUGUC